AUGACCUCACCAAACAAAGUCCACAUUCACAAUGUUUACAACGCCCUCGCCGCUGUACUGCACAUUUGCUCGGUCUUUUUCAGCCACUUGGGUCCCAUUCGGCACAAUACACAGGACGAAAGUAGGAUCGGUGGAACUGACUACACGUUGGAAGCCGGAUUGAUAGACUUUGGGGCGACUUAUACCUUUAUUGCUGUUGGGCCCGAGGGAAGCACAAUGGUGAUUCGGAAGACUGAAGAUAUCAAGGCAAACGUGGUUCACAUCGCGUGGCAGGCUCCUCAGUACAUCCUCAUGUCUGCUGGCGAAGUCAUGUUCUCCAUUACUGGUGUUUCCUUCUCAUAUUCGCAGGCUCCAGCGACGAUGAAAGCUGUCCUGCAGUCCGGCUGGCUCCUGACUGUGGCCUUCGGGAACGUGAUAGUGAUUAUCGUGGCCAAAGCUGCUUACAUGUCGCAGUGGGCUGAGUUCCUCCUCUUCGCUGCCCUCCUGUUGGCUGUCUGUGUCAUUUUCUCCAUCAUGGCCUAUUUCUACACCUACGUGGACUCCUCGCAGUUUAUGGACGAAGACAAAGAGGAGAAGGAAACAGCGAAGCCACCGCCCCUGAGGACAUCCACCUCACCACGAUUGACAAACAGACAUAUAUGUAAACUCCAUACCGACCCGUUGGCUCCCUGA